AUGCAUGAAAAUGGUAAAAAACAUAAAGAUAAUGUAGAAAAGUUUUUAAGAAAUGUUUACCAUAAAGAAUCCGAAAAUCGUAAAGAGGAAGAGAAAACAAAAAAAGAAUUGGAUAGAAUUGAAAGGGCAGCUUUGAAACAAUAUAAAAAAGAUGUGAUACUUUUGGCACCAGGUUCAUCCAUUUCACAUAUAAAACCACCGCCGCUACCACCUACUACAACUAGUAAUAACUAUAACGAUACAAUUUAUACACAACCAGUAAAAAAUACUGAAGAAUCAAUGAUAGGUGAAUGGAGACCUGUAACACCACCAUUGCCAUCUAUUAAAAAACAUUUCCAUUAG